AUGGGCAGGGCACCGCCACAACCACACGCGGUGGGGAAGGGACAGAGGAAAGGGGAAACGAGAAAGAAAGGAAGGCGGAGCGGACGUAAAAAAAGACGGAAAAAGAAUAGGGCGGAAGACAGGCACCCCAACAGAGGCGACCACAAGCCUGAACAGAAGGCCAGAGGCGAAAGCCAGAACAGGAGCAGAGAAACGAGAGGGGAGACAGCGCAAACGAAGAGACGAAGCGAACGCGAGGGUGCGGCACGGGGCGGGCCCAGCGGAAAGUGCGCGGGGGGCAAGCAACACAGAGACAACAGGAAAAACACCCGGGAGCACGAAGCGAAGAGAACCACACGCAACCCGGGAAAGCAGGCGGCAGAGACGGGGAAACAGGGGAGAGGGAAGCAAGAAGCGAAGCGCAAAGCAGGGGAGAGUGCAGCAGGGGGGCGAAGGCGGGCACCCGAGAAGAGCAGCGGGCGAGGCGGAGAGAGGGAAGAGACAGGAGCACGGAGAGGCGCAACAGAGAGACGGCGCAAAGAGCGGGCAAGCAAGGCAGGCGGACAGAGAGCGAGCAGGCGAAAAGAGCAUAGAGAACAGGGGGCACAAGGCGGCCACACGCGGAGCACAGAACGGAGGAAGGAGAACGGCGACGACAGACACAAGAAGCAGGCGCAAAGGAAGACCGGAAGGGAAGCGCGCAGGGAACAAGGCAGCGGACCGAGGGCCAGGUCGCAGACAAGCAGGGAGAACAGGGGAUCGGCGGCUUGGAGGCCAAGGAGUGCAACAAAGCAUGACCGGUGGAAGCGCGGGCCAACAAAGAAGAGGACGCGGAGGCAAGCGCGCGGCAACAGGAGCAGACGCGGAGUGCUAAGCAGGCCCAAAGAAGAGGCGCGAGCAAGUAGGAACAAUAGGCAGCGGAGGCAGGAGGGCAACGACGAGGCGCGGAGGCAAGCCAUGGGCAAUAAGAGAAGCGAGGAGCCAGCAGGGAAGAGGCAACCGAGCAGCGUGGCCCAAACAGAGACGAGAGACGCGGAGGCCAGCGCAGUGCCCGCCUAA